UUGGAAAACCGCCAUUUUCUUUCCUCUGACCAAUCUCCGCUGUUAUUCCAUGGCGGUCUUCGUUUCCAACAAUGUACGGCCUCCACUCUACUCCACCAAUCAACUUCCGUAAGAUUUCAAUUUCUCAUCCUCUCGAUCUCCUACAGUGCAAUUACUUCAAUUCCGAGCUCCUCUAAUGGCCGACGACUCCAUCCCCUUCUCCGAUUACAAGCUCUGCGGCUUCUUGUGCGUGGUUCUCGCUGUUCCUUCACCGCAGCCCGACCUGUCGAACAUUCUGCGCCCUGGAACGCGCUGCUAUGUCUCCGCUGAGGGUUCUGAGGUUUGUUUCACUUCGGGAAACGGCGUCGUGCUUUCUCCUAUUGAAGAAAACUCCAAACCGCUCUCGAAGGCCGGCGUUUCGCAUCAAGAUUCCGAGCAAUGCAGGGGUCCGGUAGGGGAAGGGGAGACCGGGUCCACGGAGGUUGUUGAUUUGACUCCGAAGGCCGAGGUUUCUGCCAGGGGAAGUAGGAGCUCGAGGAAGAGGAUGAAUAGGAUGGGGCUGGUGCAUGGCAGCAUGAGCGUUGUGCAUCAAAUUCACGCUCUGGUAGUGCACAAGUGCUUGAAGAUCGAUGCGCGGGUGGUUUUUGUUGACGUUGGUGUUGACGGGGAGGCCAGAGCCGUGUUGUUGGUUGAUGUUCAUCUCCCCGUUGAAUUAUGGUCCGGUUGGCAGUUUCCCAGAUCAAAGAUGGUAGCUGGUGCGCUAUUUAGGCACUUGAGUUGUGAAUGGCAAGAGAGAAGCUCUAUACUUGGUGGAAAAGACUAUUCUAGAGACGCACCUAUGGUUAGGAAAAGCAUGUGGAAUCUUGCAGAAUGCCAUGUCCAUGCUUGUAAAUUGCACGAUAGUUCUGGAGGUUCUCCCAACAGAAGGCUCUUUGAACUUCACGAAAUAUUUAGAAGCUUACCUAGUGUUGUUAAGUCCAGCAAACCUGAUUAUACAAGAAUGCAACCAGAGGAUGAUUCUUCUCAAUUGGGCAUUUGGGACAUAUCGGAUGACACUCUAAUUAAUAUAUUGAAAGCUCUUCGCCCUUUGGAUCUUAUUAGGGUUGCUUCAACUUGCCGACAUCUGAAAUCCUUGGCGGUAUCAAUCAUGCCAUGCAUGAAACUCAAACUGUAUCCUCAUCAACAGGCAGCUGUUGAAUGGAUGUUACACCGUGAGCGGAAUGCUGAAGUAUUCUAUCAUCCUUUAUACGUGGCUUUUACAACAGAAGAUGGUUUUUCUUUCCACAUAAAUACCGUUACUGGUGAAAUAGUCUCUGGGGGGGCACCAGCUAUCACUGAUUUUCGUGGGGGGCUUUUUUGUGAUGAACCUGGCUUAGGCAAGACAAUAACUGCACUUUCCCUUAUCUUAAAGACUCAGGGAACAUUAGCAGAGCCACCAGCUGGAGUACAGAUUAUUUGGUGUGCACAUAAUGGAAAUCGUAAAUGUGGUUACUAUGAGCUUAGUGGUAAUAAUAAUACUAGCAGCAACCAUUUUUUGGUGAAUGGAGCUGUGGGUUGUAGUUCUCUUAAAGCAUUAGAGGACUUAAAAUAUCACACACCUAAAAGGGCAAGGCUGACAGCUCUUGACGACAGACAUACAGUAAUUAAUGAUUCAUGUGCUGGCAAUGAGAUGAGGUCUCCAUCAUCUGCAGACUAUGAAAAAGCAGUUGAUAUGGUUCGUUGCACUAGGAGCUUGAGUAGUGUCAAGAAAAAUCUUCUUUUCACAUAUGAAGGGGCACCUAGCCUUUCUAAAGAAUUGAAUGCUGGUAGAAAGUCAACUAGAACAUGGACAAGGAAGGUUGCUGCUGGGGCAAAGAGAGCUGGCGUGUCAAAUGGAUUCACAGACAACUAUGAGGUGCCUGGGAUGGCCACUGCAGAUAAAUUUGAAUAUAAGGACACAUGGGUUCAGUGUGAUGCUUGUCACAAGUGGCGGAAGCUUGCAGAAACUUGUGUUGCUGAUGCUAGUGCAGCGUGGUUUUGUAGUAUGAACAUUGAUCCUUUUUACCAAAGUUGCAGUGUUCCAGAAGAAUCUUAUGACAAGUGCCGUCCAAUUACUAAUAUUCCAGGAUUCUACAGCAAGGGAACUUCUGGAGGAGAGGAGAAAAAUAUUUCGUUCUUCACCAGUGUGCUCAAGGAAAACAGUGCACUGAUAAAUUCUGGAACGAAGAGAGCCUUGGCUUGGCUGUCUAGCCUUACUCCUGAAAAAGUUUCAGAAAUGGAAAGAACUGGUUUAAGAUGUCCUAUAUUAACAUCUUAUGUAGUUUCUGGUGGUGAUGCCCGUGGUUUUCAUAAAAUGUUUGAAGCAUUUGGUUUAGUAAGAAAAAUGGAAAAGGGCAUUAUCAGAUGGUACUACCCGCAUAAUCUUCACAACUUGGCAUUUGAUGUUGCUGCUUUGAGAACUGCAUUGUGUGAGCCACUAGUAAAUUCAGUCAGGUUAUAUUUAUCAAGGGCAACUCUGAUUGUUGUCCCAUCAAAUCUAGUUGAUCACUGGAAGACUCAAAUUCAAAAACAUGUUAGACCUGGUCAGUUACUGGUUUAUGUAUGGACUGAUCAUAAAAAACCUUCUGCACAUUGUCUAGCAUGGGAUUAUGAUGUUAUCAUCACCACAUUUAGUCGGUUAAGUGCAGAAUGGGGGCCGCGGAAGAGAAGUAUAUUAAUGCAAGUGCAUUGGCUUAGGGUCAUUUUAGAUGAAGGGCACACCCUUGGCUCUAGUCUUAACUUGACAAACAAGUUGCAAAUGGCCAUUUCAUUGGUAUCUUCAAAUCGCUGGAUACUAACAGGAACUCCAACUCCUAACACACCUAAUAGUCAACUUUCACAUCUUCAACCAUUACUUAGGUUUCUUCAUGAAGAAGCCUAUGGUCAGAAUCAUAAGUCAUGGGAGGCUGGUAUUCUCAGACCUUUUGAGGCAGAGAUGGAGGAAGGAAGGUUGCUUUUGUUGAACUUACUUCGUAGGUGUAUGGUUAGUGCAAGAAAGACAGAUUUGCUAUCUAUCCCACCUUGCAUCAAGAAAGUAAAAUACCUAAAUUUUACAGAAGAACAUGCUCGAAGUUACAAUGAACUUGUAGUUACAGUGCGGCGUAAUAUAUUGAUGGCUGACUGGAAUGAUCCUUCCCAUGUUGAAAGUUUACUGAAUCCGAAGCAAUGGAAAUUUCGAAGUACAACAAUAAAAAACAUCAGACUAUCUUGCUGUGUGGCAGGACAUAUUAAAGUUACAGAAGCUGGUGAAGAUAUUCAGGAAACCAUGGAUAUUCUUGUUGAUGAUGGCCUGGAUCCUAUGUCACAGGAAUAUUCUUUUAUAAAAUACAAUCUCCUUUAUGGUGGGAACUGUGCUAGGUGUGGGGAAUGGUGUCGUUUACCUGUGAUUGCACCAUGUAGGCAUCUUCUAUGCCUUGGUUGUGUUGCUUUGGAUAGUGAAGGGUGCACUUUUCCUGGCUGUGGUAAAUUAUAUGUGAUGCAGACUCCUGAGACCUUAGCUCGGCCUGAAAAUCCCAAUCCAAAGUGGCCUGUUCCCAAAGACCUCAUUGAGUUGCAACCAUCAUAUAAGCAAGAUGACUGGGAUCCUGAUUGGCAAUCGACAUCUAGCAGUAAAGUUGCAUAUCUUAUUCAGAGAUUAAAAGCUUUAAGUGAAGUAAAUGAUGAGGCUACUGUGGUUCCUCCCCCUUCAUUGAACAAAUCUGGUGGACUACUACAGGAAGUUGACCAUUCAAGGACUACCACUUCAGAUCAUGAAAUAGUCAGAGAGAAAGUUCUUAUUUUCUCUCAAUUUCUUGAGCAUAUACAUGUCAUCGAACAACAGUUAACCAUUGCUGGCAUCAGAUUUGCUGGGAUGUAUAGUCCAAUGCAUGCUUGUAAUAAGAUGAAGUCAUUGACCAUGUUUCAGCAUGAUUCAAGCUGCAUGGUGCUUUUGAUGGAUGGAAGUGCUGCAUUGGGUCUUGAUUUGAGCUUUGUAACUCAUGUAUUUCUAAUGGAGCCAAUCUGGGACAGAAGCAUGGAGGAACAAGUUAUUAGUCGUGCUCAUCGGAUGGGUGCUAUUCGUCCUAUUCAUGUCGAAACCUUAGUAAUGCGUGAAACAAUUGAAGAGCAAAUGGUACAGUUUCUACAGGAUACUGAUGAGUGCAAAAGAUUGCUGAAGGAAGAAUUUAUCAAGCCGGAUUAUGAAGGGCCACGAGCUCAUCGUUCAUUGCAUGAUUUUGCUGGGAGCAAUUAUCUUUCUCAGCUCAAGUUUGUGAGGACGAAUGCUAAGGUGGAAAAGGUUGUGGAGAAUUAGUGCAGUUCUCUCUUCUCUGUCAUAUCCCAUUGUUGUUACUAUAGACAUUAUGACAACAUUGGUAUUAGAACUUGGAAGGAAAGAUGGAAGCAAAUGAACUGCAGUAACUCAAGUGGUAUCGAUAAACUCAAGAAAUAGAAGUAGCAAUAGCAGUAGGUGUAUGGUCAUUUUGUUUUCAGUUCCAAGUUAUUGCUGAAGGCUGAAGAAUUCAAACAGCAUCCCGUUAUUACUUAGGUUUAGAAAAACUUGGAUCUGCAAAAUGUGUAUAAUUCAGUGGAUUAGUUUCGUUGGGCA